GCGCGCGCGCGCGCGUGCCUCCCCCGGGGGCCGCAUUCUAAUAAGCUAGUCCCCCAAAUAGACCUGGCGGAAUAUACAAGCCUGGUGUGUUGAAUCGUAACGCAAAAAAAACAAGGCGCAGCUUCGCAUCGCAUCGUGUGUGAGAGCAUUAUAACGGCAGUGAGUGUAGCGCUGUUUGGGGCUGUUAGCGUUAGUAAUAACAGCAGCGCGAGAGCGGAGAGAAGGAGCGCGAGGUAGCGCGUGCGGAGGAAUACACACAGACUUUAUUUACUCUGCGUCUUGUUCUUCAGGUUUUUUUUUAUUAUUAAUAAAAAACUUGCUCCACGUUAUAAUUCUUAGACUGCGUUUGAAGGUUUUUGUGACUUCUGCACAGCUCUUCUUCCAACUCGGAGGAAGCACGCGCGUGCGUUUUGAUCCUUUGCGUACCUGGACCUGCCCCUCCAAAGACGGACAACGUUUGAACAUUUUUUCCCUCAGGGACAGGAUCUGGUAUGGCAGUUGCUCAUUGCACAAGCUGAGCACUCUAAAGCCAAGGCAGAAGUGGCACGCUGCUCUGUGAAGCCCUACUGGCCCUGCCUGUUUGCUGUAAUUGCCCAGUGACAAGUGGAAAUGAUGGAAUAAUUGUCAAGAGAGUGGGGUCCUUUUUUUCUAACCCGGGCACCGGUGACUUAACUAUGCAUGAGCGGCGCGUGAGGGACGGGGCCGAGCGAGGCGCUUGUUUAUGAUGCUCCACUGUAUAAACACAGUUGGAGUGAUGACACAGAUAAGAGCACACUACUCCCCGUGACACGAGCUGCCAGCACACGCCAAAAAGCCAGCAGUCCCAUCAGCACUCACCUGCAGGUAUUAAGUCAUGAUGCAGGAGUCGGCCAGUGAGACAAUAAGCAACAGUUCAAUGAGUCAAAAUGGAAUGAGCACCCUAAGCAGCCAAUUAGAUGCUGGCAGUAGAGAUGGAAGAUCAAGCGGUGACACAAGCAGCGAAGUAAGCACAGUCGAGCUGCUGCAUCUGCAACAACAGCAGGCCCUUCAAGCAGCAAGGCAAUUACUCUUACAGCAACCAGGCAGUGGCCUGAAGUCUCCAAAGAACAACGACAAACAGCGUCCACUGCAGGUGCCAGUGUCAGUGGCCAUGAUGAGUCCACAGGUCAUCACUCCCCAGCAGAUGCAGCAGAUCCUCCAGCAGCAGGUCCUCUCGCCUCAGCAGCUCCAGGCGCUUCUACAGCAGCAGCAGGCAGUCAUGCUGCAGCAGCAACACUUGCAGGAGUUCUACAAGAAGCAGCAGGAGCAGCUUCACCUCCAGCUUUUGCAGCAACAGCACCCCAGCAAACAGGCAAAAGAGCAACAGCAGCAGCAGCAGCAUCAGCAGCAGUUAGCGGCACAGCAGCUGGUCUUUCAGCAGCAGCUCCUGCAGAUGCAGCAGCUCCAGCAGCAGCAGCACUUGCUCAGCAUGCAACGGCAGGGCCUGCUUUCUUUGCCCCCGGGCCCAGGACAGAGCGCCCUCCCUGCACAGACUCUCCCGCCAGCAGGCCUGAGCCCGGCCGAGCUCCAGCAGUUGUGGAAGGAUGUGACCAGCGGCCACACCAUGGAUGAUAAUGGCAUGAAACACAGCGGCCUGGACCUCAGCACCACCAACUCUUCCUCCACUACCUCCUCCACCACCUCCAAAGCUUCUCCGCCAAUCACUCAUCACCCUAUCGCCAACGGCCAGUCCUCAGUCAUCAACACUCGCAGAGAGAGCUCUUUACAUGAAGAGACUGGAGCAUUACACUCACAUUCUCUCUAUGGUCAUGGAGUGUGCAAAUGGCCAGGCUGUGAGAGCAUCUGCGAGGACUUUGGACAGUUUUUGAAGCACCUUAACAGUGAGCACGCUCUAGACGACAGGAGCACAGCCCAGUGCCGGGUCCAAAUGCAGGUGGUACAGCAGCUAGAGAUACAGCUUUCUAAAGAACGUGAGCGUCUUCAGGCAAUGAUGGCCCACUUGCACAUGCGGCCCUCAGAGCCCAAGCCAUCUCCUAAACCGUUGAAUCUCGUGUCAAGCAUGACCAUGUCAAAGAACCUGCCAUCAGUGUCACCCCCAAACCUCCCUCAGACCCCAACCACACCCACCACUCCGAUCACACCACUGAGCCAGAUGCCCCAGGUGCCCUCCGUCCUGAGUCCCGCCAGUGUGCCGAGCAUGGGCGCCAUGCGCAGACGCCACUCUGACAAAUAUUCCAUGCCACUAUCCUCAGAAAUAGCCCCAAACUAUGAGUUUUAUAAGAAUGCUGAUGUCAGACCACCAUUCACAUAUGCAACGCUCAUCAGGCAGGCUAUCAUGGAUUCAAAAGACAUGCAGUUAACACUUAAUGAAAUCUACAGCUGGUUUACGCGCACCUUUGCCUACUUUAGACGCAACGCUGCCACUUGGAAGAAUGCAGUGCGCCACAACCUCAGUCUGCAUAAGUGUUUUGUGCGGGUGGAGAAUGUAAAAGGAGCGGUUUGGACGGUGGAUGAGAUGGAGUACCAGAAACGCAGAUCUCAGAAGAUAACAGGGAGCCCGACACUGGUGAAGAACCUGCCGCCCAGUCUGGGUUAUGGAGCAGCUCUUAAUGCAAGCCUGCAGGCGGCUCUGGCAGAGACCUCUUUGCCCUUGCUGGGCAAUACAGGCUUGAUGAACAGCAGCGCGUCAGGCCUGAUGGGUGCCAGUCCUCCAGGUUUGCAUAGUGGAAGCCCACCUAGCCUUUUACAGAGCAGCACCCAUGACGAGCUCAACGGCUCCCUCGAGCACCUCGACACCAAUGGUCACAGCAGCCCCGCCUACUCCCCACACCCCCACAUUUUUGGCAUGUUUUUCAGGCCACCAAUUCACGUCAAGGAGGAGCCACUCAACAUGGACGAUGACGACUGUCCAAUGUCACUGGUGACGACAGCCGAUCACAGUCCAGAGCUGGAUGAGGAUCGAGAGCUCGAGGAGGGAAACCUAUCAGAGGACUUGGAGUGAUGACUCUCUCCUCCCUCAUUUGCUGGGACUCCGCCCCCCCCACCCUGAGCAGCCGGCCCCUCGAACCACUCCACAACCACAGAAAGGCAGCAGACGGAAGCGAGGAAUAUUUAUUUAGAAAGCGCCAGGAGACUGUCCCAAAGAAACACUCACAGCCCUUUUAAGGACCGUUUGAGAACAGGCAGCAGACAUCUGCCUUUUAAAUGAUAAUGAACAUAGGACAAGAUUUCAUUCAGAUUGCUUGGCCACUUCAUACCAUGCACAGCAGACUCAUGGACAAAACAAAAUAAAAAAACUUGAGUCUUUUCUGUAGAAACGUUGAUGGCCACAUAUACUGCCAAAAAGUUGAAAUUUGUGAAUAUCCGACCCACAGUAGUCUCUGAUGUUAGAUACAAUUGCUGGUUCAAUUCAAGUUGUUGCUAUGUUAUUAUUUGCACAGGAGUAGUACCAGAAAUUAGUGUCACUGCCUGUAUGUUGCUAAACGCUUUAAACAACAGUAUUUCUUUUUUCGUUUCUUUAUUUUCCUUUUACCAACCUUUUUUUUCCAUUAUGUUUACAACACCACCAACUGUAAAUGCCAUUUUUAAAGUCACACCAAUAACAGACCUGCGGUAUCAAGACUGUUGCAGCUGUCCAAAAAAGUCUCCAGUGUCUCUAUCUCUGUUUGUGCUGAAAAGUGAAAUGUGAUAACUGAGUUGAAAUGUAAAUGUUUGUGUAAGCAUCAUGCUGAGGAAAAAAAAAUGUGCAUUUCUGCAUA